GGGGAGGAGAUCUCAUUUGGUUCCUGAACUGUUGCAGCACUCAGUGCUGCCACACACACUCUCUCUCUCAUUCAAUUUCUCUCAUAGACACAUACACACACACACACACACAUAUAUAUAUAUGCACACACACACACUCACACAGGGGUCUUGGCAGCAGAAGAUCCCUAACAGUCCUGGAUUGGUCUGGACUCACACCUGCCAGCACAGACUGAGCAGCGCUUAAAGAAGAAGAAGAAGAAGAAGAGAAGAAGAAGAAGAGGUGAUACGGGAGGAGAAAAGAGGGCGAAGAGGAUAAGACGAGCGUGUCGUUUUCUGUUUGUUGAAUCCCCUGGAUCGAGCCCCCAGCUGACGAUGGAGAACACAUGAGGAAGAGAGAGAGAUCUGUGGGGACACAUUCAGGGGAAAAAUGCUGCUGAGUAAAGUUUGUGGAUAUUUCUAGAGGGAAUUAUUAGCCCUUGAACUUUGGGGAAGAAUCACAGAGGAAGGUCGACUGUGUGCAGAUUGCCAAGAGAAAAAGCAGGUGAGACGUCGGGCAGACGGGCAGCAGCAUGGCAGCCACCAACCAUUCUUCCUGCCACCUUUUCCUCUUCUUCCUCCUCCCUUUCCUUGUAACUCAACCUGCCCUUACCCAGGACGCAUCUGUCACCACGGUGACAGUAACUGAAGGUGACCAGUUCGUCGUCCCCACCACACUGGCCAACCAGACAACUCCCAGCUAUGUGGAGACCACUCAGAACACUCCUGCAGAGACAGGUCUGUCCACUCCCACCAGUGGCGGAGACGCAGACGACGAGGACGUCCCCCCAUCUGGCGGUACACGUUGCCAGGGUUACUACGAUGUGAUGGGCCAAUGGGACCCACCGUUCAACUGCAACGCCGGCGUCUUUCUGUACUGCUGUGGUACCUGCUUCUAUCGCUUCUGCUGCCAGUUCCGCCAGCAGCGGCUGGACCAGAGAAUCUGCUCCAACUACGACACACCAAUCUGGGCCAACACCGGCAAGCCUGUGGCCACCAUCACCGAGGGCCAGGAGGACCAGGAACGGGACCGCACACACCUCAUCGUCUACAUCAUCUGUGGAGUGGUGGCCAUCAUGGUGCUGGUGGGCAUCUUCACCAAACUGGGCCUGGAGAAGAGCCGUGGAGGAAGUGGAGGAGGAGGAGGAGGAGGAGCGGGGGCGGGGCACACUGACCUUAACUCCAGGACACUGACAGACCUGCUGAAGCAGCAGGGAGGUGAGGCGAGCACGGUGGAAAACGCCACGGCCAGUUCGCCCAACGGAGGGAGAGCCAACGGCAUAUCGGCCAGGAUGCUGCGCAGCAGGAGUGAACAGUACCAUCUGAAUAACUCAGCUUACGGGCCGUUUGGACAAGGGCUUCCACACCCGCACAGCAACCACAGCACAGUGGGGCUCAACAAAUAUACAUCCCUUAAAGCUGUGGCACACAGUGCAUCCCGUAGCUACUACAAGAGCUUCCCGCUAAUGGACUUCUCCCAGUACCAGCCUGUGGCACCUCCAGCCUUCCAGCCAGUUCCCGUACAGCCUAAAGAGAAGUCAUACAUCCACCAGCCUGUGUCGGCACACCACGACCUCCACGCCCCCCUCUCCAUCUCCAUCCCCUCCAGUCACCUGGAGCAAUCGCGCCUCCCCAAGACCACAACACACCCGCAGCUCUCCAGCUCGGCCUUCAAAGCCUGGGAGCCGACCGGCCGCCACGUCCACAGGCAGGCUUCUGCCCCGGGGCACACCUCCUCCUCCAUGCACAGCUCAAGCCGGAGACAUGGUUACUCGACCCGGAGGCAGCAGAGCAUAGAGAACAUGCCAGAUCUCUUUAGCCAGCCUUAUGGGGGCAUGUAUGGAGGAGCUGGAGCGGGUGCAGGGCAGGGGCAGCAUAUACAGGGGCAGCAUGUACAGGGGCAGCAUGUACAAGGGCAACAUGUACAUGGGCAACAUGUACAUGGGCAGCAUCCAUCUCAACCCCCCUACUACCACCACACUAGGCAGAAGAGCUACUCCACCCACAGUACGACUGAGGUGACCGUCUGAACACCAGCGGCCUGCUGCAAUGUUAAACACACACGCAAAAAGUCUUUGGUGUUAGCUAAAUGCCAGAGUUUGGACCAGAUGGCCCAACAGGUGGGGGAUAUUAAACGUGAAGACACAUUCAGAUUUAUCAGAUGAAAAGGAAUGAAAUUCAGGAGGAAACUCUUACAGAUAAUGGGCUCAGCUGGUAAAGGUUAUUAUUGGCCUACAGCAAGGGUCUUGUACAUUGAUCAUAUAAAGUAUGUAUAGACUGUACCUGAAAGGUAAUCUACCAUGGUUGCUUAAAACCACUCUCAGGCUCCUAUAGGUCACACAGUGUUCACAGAUUCUUAACCACUACAGUUUGGGCGCUACAGUGUGGUUUCAUUGUACAGGCUUUAUAGCAAUAGGGAUAGGACAAGAGAAAAACAAAGAUCUUACUUGCACCAGGGCAGGGGGCAAGCUUGAUUUUGUCUGCGAAAAGGUUUUAUAUGUUAGUUUCCUGGCAGGAAGGAACAGUGAGUUUGUGUUCGCCAAGUUACUCCGGUUAGGUUUAGGUACAGUAGGUCAUCAGUACAUGUGGCUGCAAGACAACAGCCUGACUCAUGGUCAGGUACGGUUGUUAAAAACAUUUCACAAUGAGCCUGAAGCUGACAAAAACUGCAUCCAGGUCCCUCACAGGGCUCACACUAUUUGAUGUAAAUGUGGGUCAUAACCUUCAAGAUCCAUUUCUGUGGUUCACCUAUGGGCUCAAGAGUUAGACCUCAGGAACCAUAAACAUAAAUUUGGGGGGUAGAAAAUCUUUCACCUUUAUUGGCAACCACUGCUCCCUCCCCCUUAAAGGAAUAAAUUGAGAGAUAGUUGAGAAAUGUACAUACUUUCUGGCAGAGAGUCAGAUGAGAAUAUUUAUACCACUCUAAUAUCUGUAAGCUAGGCUCCCGCCAGCAACAAGUUAGCUUAGCAACAGUGACAAAAUACUGCACUGAGUCUUGUUGUAUCAUUAUUACAAUUUGGUUUUGCACAGAUCAAACAAACAAUAUAUAACGUGUUCAUUAAUGGACUUCAGAGGUGCUGGUCGGUGGAUUUUGUUACCUUUAAACAGAGCUAGGCUAGUUGUUUCCCUAUGUUUCAAGUCUUUAUGCUAAGCUAGGCUAACUGGGUGCUGGGUGCAGUUCCAUAUUUACUGUACAGACAUUUUAGUUACAUCUAUCUGCUCAUCUAACUCUCUGUGAGAAAGCAAAUAGGAUAGGGUGACCAUAUUUCCAAAUUCCCAAACCCUUAAAUGUACCUAACGUUCAUGCACGUGAAUGUGCUAAUGCACGCACCUUUCAACAGCAUGGGCACCAUGAGUGCAACAAUUUAAUCGCCAGAUACUUUAUAAAGGAGUAAGCCUCCUGGAGCUCUUUAGAAAAGACCAACUUUGUCUUAGGCACGACAGCUCCCCGCAUACCGACACUAGCAACAGCCUCCAGAAUGAAACAUCAGUUGAAUUGAGACGCAUGGUGCAUUGUUUAUGUUUUCAUAUUGUGUUAGGUCAUAUUGAGCGCGAGACAGAACAUGAUAAACAUCUAUGUUAAGUCCUGAAAAUAAGUAGAAUAUAUUUUAGUGUUGUACAGAUAUUUGUCGGGACUCAGGACACCCAGUUUAAAACCAGACAUUCCUGGACUAAUCGGGACUUCUGGUCAUUGUAGAACAGCCAUUUUCCAAAAUGUUGCACUGUUCCAGACAUUCAACAGAAACAUUAAGUAAAAAAGUUAAUAUAUUGUUAUGAUAAAUACUAGACUAUAAUAAGCUUCUUACCAUUUUGGCACAAACAUGACAUUUAUAGUAUUUUCACUCAAAUGCUUUGCAGUAGUGGUUGAGAAAUAUAACUCCCGUGAAUGGGAGGUAAAAAUCCAACUUAUGUUUUGCAUUAAUGGAGCAUAAGGGUUAAGAGUGAUACCCCAGUUGGUGAUAAUAUUUAAAUUAUAUAACUAUAUCUUCGAAGGCUGAUAAAUUUACAUUUCUCCCCUUAUUUAACUGCAUCACGGAAAAAAUCAUUCAGAAAAGGCAUUAAAUUAAGAUUUAAUUUAGAAGAUUUAAGAAUUAAGUUAGAUAAACUCCAUGUAAUUUAUAUAAUAUAAGAUUUUGUUUCAGUGUAAUCAUAAAUCAUCUCAAGGUAACACAGUUCAGGUCAUUUCUUGGCCCUUUAGAUGCCUUUUUGUGCAGUUCUUGUAAAAACAGUUCUACUAUUUUGCAUCUCUCGGUCUACCUCUGUGCACAGCUGUAUUCUCCUCAUUUCUCACCCCUUUCGGCCUUUCCCACCCUCUUUCCACGAUGAAGCGCUUUGCAUUCUGUGCCAUCAGGCCAAGCAUACAGGGACAGCAUCCCUGGGGUCACAUUAACUCGACGGUGAGGACAAUGCCACCAUCAUGUCAGCUCCCAUCAGCCUCCAUCCCGACCAGAGAGAGGGAGAGGAGGAAAGAGAGGGACAGAGGAAGAGCCAGAGGCUGGGACUCUUUAGAAAAGAAGAGAAAGGGAGGAGAGAGAAGAGAAAAAAUAGAAAAACAAACGUACAUGGCUGCAUGCUUUCCUUCCUCGGGGGAAGGAAAGAGAAGGAGUCACUGUAGAUCUGGGUCUCUCACUACUGAACUGUCUGGGUCAUAACUCAGAGUGUAUGGACGUGUGUGGAUGCCUGUGCGUAAUUUCCAACCCCCAGGCACCAUUGCAGGGGGAUUCGCUGAGGCAUUUCCAGGCCUAGAGCGUGAGACAUUUCUCAUCUUGUCUCAGAAGCCUGGACAGCAAAGGACACUGUGCAGAGCUGCUGCUAUGAAUGUGCAACAGUUAAUGCAACACUUCCACUGUACUAGCUGAUGAAAGUUUAUGGCUGUAACACCCUCAGGAACUGCACAAUGAAGUGAAGUGUUGAUGAUCGCACAUGUGUCCAGAGACGCUUCAAUGAGGUUCUGAGAAGAGAUGAUUUUAUGAUGUUAAACCUUUAAUUUUUAAAGUGUGAGGUCCUGUGUAUAGGUGAAUUAAGAGUCAAAUGAAAAGAUAAAACAGGUAAAACAGAACCAAGAACAAACACAAUUAAUGGACAAAUCACACAAUAUAACACAGCUCUACCAAAUGAGCACUGGCUAAACAUCUCUUUCCACAUAUUCCACAUUCUCUACACAUAUAAACGCAAAAAAACACACUGUGGUUGCAGCAAAAAAGCACGUCUCUUUGUCACUGAUGGCAUGUAAAUUCACCAUACUUUUACCAUACUAGCUUUGGAGACUGCAGUGCAGUGUGAUUUACUGCCAUCUAGUGGUGAAGUUGUGAAUUGCAACCAUCUGAACGCAGCUCAGCUUCCUAAGAGUGUAGGAGAAACUACGGUGGCCACAAAACUUGCCCUAUUUAGAGUCAGUGUUUAGCUUGUCCAUUCUAGGCUUCUGUAGAUACAUGGGGGUUCAACAUGGCGGCCUCCAUCAAAUAGGACCCGCUCCCUCUGUAGAUAAAACAGCUCAUUCUAAAGUAACAAAACAACAACAAUUCUUAUUUUCAGGUGAUUAUACACUAAUGAAAACAAAACAUUAUGUUCCAUUUUUUACCAAUAGGUCCUCCUAAAUGUUACACACUGGACCUUUAAGUGCAAUCGAUAUUCAAUUUGUUCUAAUAGUAGAAAGUGAGUGUUGUUUCCAGAAAAAGCUGGACUCACCAACAUUUAGUAAACAUUACAUUUUUAGCAUCUCUCUGUAACACACAUGCAGAAGUGUAAGCUUAGACUUCACAAUCCCACACGGUCACAAAAGUUAUGCAGAAAAUAAUGUGUAUGAGAUGUCAAACUAAAUUCAAAAUGUCCUGUUAAGAUACAAACCGCUUAAGUCUGAACUGCAGGCUUUUGAUAUAAUGUUGUAUAUUAAUGAAGUACAACAAUAGAACAUUGUUAGGUUUCUAUGAAUGAUUGUAAGCAGCUCCCUGUUUACACAUCAGAUACAACGCAACAUUAUCAUUCAUCCAGCUCCUUAGUUGCUAAAUGCUCCACUAUGUUCAAUCAGCUUCCUGCUGAUAGCCUAAUAUGAUGCUAUGCGAGCAGUGAGAGUGAACCAGAACUAUAAAGUUGUUGGUUACACUAGUCAUCUGAUUAUUGGUUAAAAACAUCGAUUACAGCCCCUUUAAAAACGUACACAGUUGUUUUGAAAGAAGUUCUGAUUCCUCCCUGAAGAAAUCUUUGGAGUAUAGCUCUCGAGUGCAUAAAAGAGUCCAUACUUUUUUUAUUUUUUGGAUUAAAACACCUCAAUCAGAUUAACAUUAUCAAAGUAAAGCUAGGCUAAUAAAGUUCUUUUCAUGACUCUGGCUACAACACAUGUAGAAAUAAAAUUAAUCUUAACUACACACCUCUUAAACCUUUGCUGCAGUUUGCUUUGUAGGGAUAAAUCCCAUUUUGUUAUUUUUUUCAUGAAUAGUUUCACGAGUAGAGGAAGGUAUUAACACUCUCAGCUAUAUAAAGACUGCAACUAAAAGCAUUUACUAUAAAGUGCAUCCUUGUGAAAGUUGUCAUAAACUCAAUGGACACAAUCACUGAUUUUUAUAUUUGAACAAUGCCACUGGAAAAAAUGAGUUCAAUGGAAGACAAUGGAAUAAGAUGAGUUCCACUGCCAAAAUGUUUAACCUUACACAAAGAAAUGUCUCUAAAUCCCAGUAAUUGACCAGCAUGAAUAUAUAUAUAGAUAAACCAAAUACCAAAAAUGUUUUCCAGUUGUGGUUGAAGCCAAAUAGUUUGGAGGUCCCGCAGAUUAAUCACCCAGAUAUCGAACGUAACUGUACAUUCCAUAUUUACCCUCGUGACAUCCAAGUCUCUCACAGUGCACCACACAGGGUCUCAUCAAAGACUGAUCUCAAGAGGUGAUGUUUUAUGAGCGCCUUGCUGCAUGCCGAGCCCAAUGCUCUCAUCCAUAAACAUAUAAACAAACAUACUGUACCCGUUUCUUAGAUUUUGACUUUCUAUACAGUCACAAGUUCAAUGGAGCAUUAACAAAUCGAAUUCACUACGACUGAUGCUGUGGUUAAGAAACCAAACACCUGUCUCUCUUCCACAUAACACGUUGCUUAUUCUUUGUUGGCUCAUAAUUUAACUCAAAAGUUGUCUGUAAUUACUCACUGUCUCUCAUUACCAAUGCAGCAAAGCAUCCUGGGCAGGCAUCAUUUCCUCUCCAUGCUUUAUGUUGUGAGUUAGAAAUGUUGAGAUCGGCUGGUUUAGAGACACAAAAUCUGUAUUUUUAAGCAAUAGAAGAUUGGCAUUUCAGAAUAAUUGUUUUUGUGUUGAGAACCUGAACAAGCGCUUCCAGUGAUUUUCUCCACCUCGAACAACGGUCCCCUUUGUUCUUUGUAGGUAAAACACAUAUUUCUUCAGACAAAUGUUUCUGAUUAUGAUUAUGAUUUAAUCUUUUUGAACACAUGACAACAACAUGAUGAUUUUUUUAUGUUUUAUGUAGUGCAAACCAUCUGAAAUCAUGUGUUCUGCUUUAUGAAUAAUGUGUAAAUUUGUUUAUUUAAUGGAAUUUCCUAUAUAUUUUGUUUGAAUAAGGGCUGUAUGAACUAAGUCAUUUUAAUUCUAAGAGUAUUUAUAAUUGCUGUUGAUGUCAGAUUUUAACAGAAUAUUAUUUAAUGAAACAUGAUGCAUAGAGAUAUAUAUUAGCUGAGUUGUGCAAUUUCUAAUGUGCAAUAGAAGAGGAUAAAGCAGGCCUACUGUACUGUACUAUACUGUAUGUCACAUUAUUGCAGUGGGUUUUUAACAUUAGUGGAAAAAACAGUGGCACAAAUUAAGUGUAGUGUUGGACAAAGUGACUAUAAAGCAGACAGGUUGUCUAAAGCAUUGAUAAUGUUUCUAUAGUGUGAUUACACAACACUGACUGGUGAAUGGGACAAUGUGCAAAAACAAGUAGUGUGAAAAUUAGUGAGUAUGAAUUUGAUUUGCAGUGAAACAUUUGUGAGAAUGCAGCAAUUUGUUUCCAACUGGUUUGCACAUGUGAUAUUUAGAUGUGUAUGGAUACUGGACUGGACAGCAGAGAGAGAUAGAAAUAAUUUCUUUGCACCAAGUGAAAGGAGGGAAGUCAUCCCACUUUGGCACUAUGAACCUCUGCAGGUUACCGUCUUGGAGUACUUUAUAUUAUCUGUUUAACAAAAGAUUAUAUAAGACAACAGAGCUAUGAUACAUGUAUAAAUGCAAAUAUGAUAGCCAAGUAAAUCCAAAGUGUAUUGGUGUGAUAUACAGUAUGUAGCAAAAAUUUGUAUAUACUGUAUGUACCUUUAUUUCUUAUUACAACAAAACAACUAAUUUAUACCCCAAAUGUUCUAGAAAUAUUCUUUGCAGAGGAUUGUUUAGUAACUGGUGCCACUUUUGAAGAUGAAACAUUAAAGAUUGUAAAAUUCA